AGAAAGUGUGGGCUGGGUAACAGUGAUGGGUAACCAGGUUUCCUUUUCCAGAUGACCUUCCGGCAGUGCCUGUGUUUGACAGAACUCUGCCAGUGAAGCAGAUGCACGUGCUUGAGACUUUGGACCUUCUGGUUCUCAGAGCAGACAAAGGAAAAGAUGCCCGCCUCUUUGUCUUCAGGCUGAGUGCUGUGAAAAAAGGCCUCGAGGGGAAACAGGCUGGGAAGAGCAGGUCUGACUGCAGAGAAAACAAGCUGGAGAAAACAAAAGGCUGCCACCUGUAUGCUAUUAACACUCAUCAUAGCAGAGAACUGAGGAUUGUGGUCGCAAUUCGGAAUAAGCUGCUUCUGAUCACAAGGAAGCACAACAAGUCAAGUGGAGUCACCAGCAUCUCAUUGUUGUCUCCCCUGUCUGAGUCACCUGUUGAAGAGUUCCAGUACAUCAGGGAGAUCUGCCUAUCUGACUCUCCUGUGGUGAUGACCUUAGUGGAUGGGCCAACAGAAGAGAGCGACAACCUCAUCUGUGUGGCUUAUCGACACCAAUUUGAUGUGGUGAACGAGAGCACAGGAGAGGCCUUCAGGCUGCACCACGUAGAGGCCAACAGGGUUAAUUUUGUUGCAGCUAUUGAUGUAUAUGAAGAUGGAGAAGCUGGUCUGCUGUUGUGUUACAACU